AUGAUUGAAUCUCAAGAAAUGCCUUGUGAAGUUACACAUCAAGUAAGCCAAGGGGUAGACUCUUCUCAGAGAGGAGAUAUAACUCUGGAUAUUCCUGAGAGACAAGUCACUAUUGGUCAAGUGUUAAUGAGGGCUGCUGACAUGGAUGAUGUGGUCACAUCUUCAGAGGAACUGAGACCAUCCUGGGUGGCCAAAGGACAGGUUUCUAUGUUCAGUGAAGAUAAAGGGGCCAGUGGUAGAAUAUUGGCAUCCGGACAAGUAGCUCAGGGAGAAACAACUCAGUCUGAUUUCCAGAACACCAAUACAACGUUGGAUGAGAGCGGUAGGAAGCCAGAGGUGGGUGACGAGUUACACUCACUCUGGAGGACAACACAAGAGCACAAAGUACGAGACUCACUCAGUGUAAAUGUGACAGGCCUGGCUUGUGUACAGGAGAAACAUGGCGGCUCAGACACCAAGUGUCCUCUGACGGUGAAAAUCCUGGAUGCGGUGAAAGGGACUCCAGCUGGAUUUGUGGCCCUCAAGGUGUUUCAGAAGGAUGCUGAUGGGGUGUGAACACAGCUCGCUAAUGGAUUGGUACAAGUGACGGACGCCAAUGGAGAGAGCCACAACCUGAUCACAGAGCAGCAGUUCUCAGCAGGAGUGUAUCGGGUUGAGUUUGAUACCAAAAGUCAUCGGAAGAAUGAGGGUAUCACGCCAUUCCAUGAAACAGCUGAGGUGGUGUUUGACGCCCAUGCUGAGGGUCAUCGUCACUACACCUUGGCCUUGCUGCUCAGUCCAUACUCCUACAGCACCACAGCCGUGGUGACCAACACACACCAGUGAUACACAUCUCAGCAUGGAUAUACGUAUCUAUACAGUCUGCUGGAGACAUCAGUGAGCUCCAUUAAGGCUGGAUAUUGUUUGUUGUUUUUGUUCUUAUGCUGAUCCAAAUCAAUGAAUGUAUCUAUGUGUUGUGCAUGUAUCCAAAGCCUGAUGUAUCUUCUCUCUCUGAGCCAUAAAACCCAUCACCGAGCCACACUUUUGCACUGGCUUACAUGUUUCUUCAUCACCGUAAACACAUAUUGUUACUUCCCUUGGGUGUUUGAGCUUCACUGUCAAUAGCGCAGAAGACGCAUCCAACUUUUUGAAAUAAAGAACAUCAGCUUUU